AAUAAAGCGGUGAAGAUGGCUGCAGUCGGAUUAAUUGCAUUUUGCUUGUUGGCGUUGAUGUACAUGGUCUAUCAUUUCGGAUAUUCAAAGGUUGGAUUUGCCGACGCCGGUGGUGUAGUGAUGGCCGCACAGUACACUAUUCAGCAGCUUCCGAGCCCCCUCGCCCCACUGGGCGCGAAGACAGUAUGGGAUGUGGACAGCCAAAGUCUCUACUACGUCGAUAUCAACGUGGCGUCCAUCCAUCGCUACGACUACGCCGAGAACAAAACCUACAGUACCAAAAUUGAUGGCGUUUCUCCGAUUGCGCCAAUCAUCCUAGUGCAAGGAAAACCGGACCAGUUUGUCCUGGGAACGGGCAACAAGCUUGUACUAGUCAGCUGGAAUGGUCGUUCGGAGAAGGGAACUUUUGUAAAGACCUUGUACGACUUGGGCGAAUCGCAGAAGCACGUGCGCUUCAACGAGGGCAAGGUGGAUCCCAAGGGUCGACUGUACGCCGGAACCAUGCAACUGGAGACGUUGGGUGACAUUUUCCAGCAGAAGGAAGGUAAACUGUACCGUUUCGAUGGCAAGGCUGGUGGAGAGUUCCACAUGUUGAAGGAUGGAAUCAGCAUCUCCAACGGGCUGACGUGGACCAAUAACAAGUUUUAUUACAUUGACACGGCUGCGUUGGAUGUAAAGGAAUUUGACGUGCUGGAGAAUGGGGAUUUGCAGAACGAAACUAUCCUGUUUGACUUUCGAGUUGACGGGAAAGGUCCAGGUUACUUUGGCGAUGGGAUGACGCAUGACGAGGACGGGAAUUUGUAUGUUGCCACGUGGGCUGGCUCCAAGGUGAUGAAGAUUAAUCCGAGAACGAAGAAAGUUGAACAGGAAAUCGCCAUUCCGGCCAAAUUUGUAACAUCGGUAGCCUUCGGUGGACCGCAACUUGAUGAACUACUUGUGACAACGGCUCAUACUGACAACCAAGCUCCACCUGCCGGAGCGCUGUUCAAAGUGACCGGAUUGGGCGUCAAAGGACAACCGAUGCCUAAAAUGGUGCUUAGUGGUUAACAAGAAUCAAGCUUUGUGGAGAAACAAGUGAAAUGAUAGAAUUUCAGAGUCUACGCUGGGAUAGUAAAACAUUUAGAUCUUAAAAGUGUUAACUAUUUGAUCCUAAAUGCAAUAUAAUUGUAACUGACUCAAAUGU